AUGGCCAGUCGGCCGACAAUCCGCGGUGCAAGGGCCGCGCCAGCCAAGAACGAGAGCAACUGGCAGCAGCGGACAGAGCUGUUCUCGCUCGAUCUGUCGGAUGAGUACAAGACGUACCCAAUGGUCACGGCAAACGAUCUGCGUGGACGGAGGGAACGGCCCCGGAAGGUUAAGAUGCUGAUGCGCGACUUCAUCGAAGACAGUUUAUACAACCCACACUACGGGUACUUCUCGAAGCAAGUGGUCAUCUUCAGCCCCGGGGAACCCUUCAACUUCAACACGCUACCGGACGAGCCGACCUUCCACGCGCAGAUGGGGCAGCGGUACACCGAGUUCGAGGACGCGCUGGACGCCAAGAAGCACGACGACACGCGGCAGCUGUGGCACACGCCGACGGAGCUGUUCCGGCCCUACUACGGCGAGGCCAUCGCGCGGUACCUGAUGUCCAACUACAUCAUGUCGCUGUACCCGCGGCACGACCUGAUCAUCUACGAGAUGGGCGCCGGCCGCGGCACGCUGAUGCUCAAUAUCCUCGACUACAUCCGCGACGUCGAGCCGUGGGUCUACGAGCGCACCAAGUACAAGAUCAUCGAGAUCUCGCCGGCGCUGGCCGAGAUGCAGAGCGCCCAGCUGCUGUCGACCGCCGCGAGCCGCGGCCACGCCGACAAGGUCGAGAUCAUCAACAAGUCCAUCUUCGACUGGGACCAGCGCGUGCCGUCGCCGUGCUUCUUUUUGGCCAUGGAGGUCUUUGACAACUUCGCCCACGACGUUGUGCGCUACGACCUAAAGACCGAGGAGCCGCUGCAGGGCGUCGUUCUCAUCGAUGAGCAGGGCGACUUCUACGAGUUCUACGAGCCGACGCUCGACCCCGUGGCGGCGCGGUACGUGCGCGUGCGGCACGCGGCCACGCAGGGCCGGUAUCCGGCGCCGUACAGCUCGAGCCGCACUAUGCGGUGGCUCAAGGGGGCCAUGCCGUUUGCGCCCAAUCUAAGCGAGCCGGAGUACCUACCCACGCGGCUGAUGCAGUUCUUCGAUAUCCUCGAGAAGUACUUCCCGGCGCACCGGUUACUGACGAGCGAUUUUCAUACCCUGCCCGAUGCGAUAAAGGGGCUGAACAGUCCCGUGGUGCAGACGAGGUUUGAGAGGCGGAUGGUGCCCGUCACUACUCCUCUGGUUCACCAGGGCUACUUUGACAUCCUGUUCCCGACCGACUUCCGCAUCAUGGAGGCCGUGUACGGGGCCAUCACGGGCAAGCUGACGCGCACCAUGUCGCACGAACACUUCAUGAAGUCGUGGGCCUACGUCGAGGACACCGAGACCCGCAGCGGUGAGAACCCGCUGUUGAGCUGGUACAAGAAUGCCAGCGUCAUGGUCACCGUGUAA